AGUAAAUAAUAGUUUUUUUUUUUAGUUUAAUAAUAAAUUUAGCUUCCAUGUGAAAAUCAGGAAAGUUGUGAUAUCGCUUUGUUUACUUCAUUAAGGAAAAUAAAAUGUUUAAGGCCGUAACUUUGUUUUUUAUAGUCUGCGGAGUUGUUAAUACUUUUGAGCUAAACUUCAGCACGCUAUCCUCUUCGUUCAGCAACGCGUUGAACUGGGUGGUGCGCCCGGACUAUACGUACGACGGGCGCAUAGUCGGCGGGCAGGAGGCCAACAUCGAGGACCACCCGUACCAGGUAUCAUUCGUCGUCAACAACUCGUACUUCUGCGGCGGCUUCAUCGUCAGCGAGCGGUACAUCGUCACCGCCGCGCACUGCGCUCAGAAAGUGGACCCAGCGACCGUGGUCCUCCGCGCCGGCAGUUCCUUCAGGAAGAAUGGCACCGUGAUCCCCAUCGCCACCGUCACCCCGCACCCGCAGUACGACAGUCCCGCCUUCGACAAAGACGUGGCCGUGAUGAAGACAGUCGACCCCAUCGAGUUCUCCGAGGCGGUCCAGCCGAUAUCCCUGCCGUGGAAGAAUCGGAGGAUGGUCGGCGGGACGGAGAUUGUUGUCAGUGGCUGGGGGAGGUUGAAGCAAGACGCGAAGGGCAUCCCGGAGCGGCUGUACGACGUGCAGAUCCCGGUGGUGUACCGCGCCGAGUGCCAGGCCGCCUACAUCACCGUGCUGACAGAGAACGAGUUCUGCGGCGGGAACUUCUUCCUGGGGGGGCAGGGGACUUGCCAGGGUGACUCCGGCGGCGCGGCCAUCCAGGACGGCAUGGCGGUGGGCAUCGUGUCGUUCGGGCGCGGCUGCGGGCAGCGCCUGUCACCCAGCGUGUUCGCCGACGUCGCCGCGCCCACCAUACGCAACUUCAUCAGGGAACACACCGGACUUUAGGUGUAGCUAUAGACUAUUCAUUACUGUACCAUCCAUCCAUGUACUAGAGCAUAGCCCAUCUGGAACUUCAUCACGGAACACACUGGACUUUAAGUCCUUAUUGUAUAGCCCGUCGGGAGCUUCAUCAAGAAAGACUGUGGACUUUAGGUCUAUAGCUAUUGUAGAGUCUUUAAUAUAGUCUUCAUCAAAGAACAUACAAGUCUUUAAUUGUAUAAUUGUGGAAUCCUUAUUGCAUCACCCAUCGGGAGAUUUUUCAAGAAACACACUGGCCUAUAGAAUAUUUAUUACUGAACCGUCCAGGGCUUCAACAAAUAGUAUAUCAGUCUUUAAUUGAAUAGCUGUAGAAGAGUCUUUAUUUGUAUUUUUGUCAGUCUAAAUGUAGUUGCAUACAGUUUUUCAACUGUAUACUCGCACGUGUACAGUCUUUAUUUCAAUAAAAAAAUCACAAGUUUUCGU